AUGGGAGCUAGAGAAGUGAAAACAGUAGCAGCAUUUACUUUUAACCUAAAGAUGCAAAUCAUGAGUGAAUCAAUGUUGUGGACACUAUGGUUUUGUCACAACGGUGGCAAUUUCUCUGGACGAUGGUGCUCAUUCGAUUAUCAGUAUCAAAACCUUUCCUACGAAGAGUUUCUGCGUUCUGUAGACAGGUCUUUGUUCCUUCACGAGGCUCCUGCUAUAGAAGCUUUGAAUUUCAAACUUGGCGUCGUUCGUGGAAGUGAUGAUAUCCGAGUGUGGAUCAGAGCUGCAGAGAAACGAGCUGUGCGUGAGCUGAUUAUCAAGAUUGUUACUUGGAAAUCACCAGUGGAACUUCCUAGGAGCUUGUAUAGAAGCUGCAGAACGCUCGAGACCUUGAAACUAAGUAGCGCGGUUCUUGUGGAUGAUGUAGCUUCUCCGGUUUCUUUCCCAUCCUUAAAAACACUGAGUCUUGAAUCUAUCAAGUACCCUGAUGAUGUGUUUCUCGACAAGCUUUUAUCCGGUUGUCCUGUUCUUCAAGACUUGGUUGUGGAGCAAUGUCCAGGUGACAAUGUCCCCAUUCUGAGCGUUAGAAUGCCUCACCUAAAGAGUUUAGCCUUGAGUAAAAAAGGAGACAGAGCUGAAGGCGAGCAUGGUUUUGUGAUAGACGCUCCUUCUUUGGAGUUCUUGAAAAUUCGUGAUUACUAUAAAGGGUUUUGUGUCAUUGUCAAUGACAUGAGUAAGAUUUUGAAUGCAAAAGUAUACAUCACUCGUCCUCAAAAUGAGCAACUUGUUGGUUCUAUAACUUCAUCCAAGCGUCUUUGUCUCUGCUUACCAACCCCAAAGAAUGUCUAUCCUGUUAGUACUGUCUUCCACCGUCUACUACAUUUAGAUAUAUGCACAUGUGAGACGGAAUGGUUGAAUCUACUUAUGCGUGUGCUCAAUGAUUCCCCUAAUUUGAAAUCUCUCAAACUCGAACAGUUCCAUCAAAUUGUUGUUGCUGAUCCGCGUCCGAGCUGGAAUGAGCCGAGCUCAGUUCCUGAAUGUGUGUUAUCGAGUCUUGAAUCUUUCGUGUGGGUGUGUUACGAAGGAACAGAGGAAGAGAAAGAAGUAGUAGCUUUCCUCUUAAGAAGCGCAAGCUGUUUAGAGAAAGUAACUAUAAGCUCUAACUCCAACCACCGGCGCCGCAAGAAACUUGAGAUGAUCAAGGAGUUGUCGUUUUUGCCAAGGCGUUCGCCUACUUGUCGGGUUGACUUUAACUGA